CUCCUCCUGCGGAACCCGAGCGCAUCCCGCCGCCCGCGCGGCCUGCCGCUCCCCGCCCUGCCUGCUGCCAGCCGAACCGGGACCAUGGGUACCGGGGACUUCAUCUGCAUCUCCAUGACCGGAGGGGCGCCCUGGGGGUUCCGGCUGCAGGGGGGCAAGGAGCAGCAGCAGCCCCUGCAAGUGGCCAAGAUCCGCAGCCAGAGCAAAGCAUCGGGCUCCGGGCUCUGUGAAGGAGAUGAAGUGGUCUCCAUCAACGGCAACCCAUGUGCGGACCUCACCUACCCGCAGGUCAUCCAGCUCAUGGAGAGCGUGGCCGACUCGCUGCACAUGCUCGUCAAACGACCUUCCGGCGGAAUAAGGGAGACUUUGGCCUCUGAAACGGAAAACCAGACCCCUGAGCAUCUCCCCGCUGAGGGGUGCGUGGAGAGCACCACCCUGCAGAUCCGCCCGGCCACGCACAGCCAGGACGCCGAGCCCCGCCUCGCCCCCCGCCAGAGUGGCACCCCCCUGGCCGAGAACUCGGAAAGUGGUCCCGCUUUUUCUGGGAGCAAAAAAGAAGAAGAAAUUGGCCUGAGUCACGCCGAGGCGCCCCACACGCCUGGCCCCCCGAGAGGACGUGCAGCAGAGGAGGGGGUCUUGCUGGAGAGGAAGGCAGUCGUGGGCUGGCCGGGCCCCCUGGUUGAGCUACAGCUGUCCCUGCCUCAGGACCUGGGCACGGCCCCCGGGGCCCCCGCCCUGGCCCUCCUGGGAGCUGACACACCUCAGAGCCCUGACCCAGACCCCAACGCUGUGCACAUAAACUCAGCCCCCACGAGUGAGAGGGGGGAGGCCUCGCUGAGGUCCAGCAAGGUCAUCCAGGUCCGCAGGGGCCAGGAGCUGAGAGUGGUCCAGGGGGCGGCAGGGGCCGCGGGGCUGCCGUGCGUGGAAGUGAUCCUGGACUGCGCCGCCGGGCAGCCGGCGGGAGGGUGCGGGCUGCGGGCGGGGGCGGGGCGUGUGGACUCCCCGCUGGAAGGAGGGCAGACGGAAGCACCUCCUUCUCUGGUGGCCUUUGCCGUCUCCUCAGAAGGCACGGAGCAGGGGGACGAUCCGCGCGAGGAAAGGGAUCACAGCAGACCACACAAGCACAGAGCGCGCCACGCACGGCUGCGGAGGAGCGAGAGCCUGUCGGAGAAGCAGGUGAAGGAGGCCAAGUCCCGAUGCCGGAGCAUCGCGCAGCUGCUGACGGCCGCGCCCAGCCCGCACUCGCGCGGGGUGCAGAUGUUUAAGAAGCGGCGGCGGCGCGCGCGCAGGUUCACGCUGGUCAGCUACGGCACCGGGGAGCUGCGGCGGCCGGGGGGCGCGGGGGACCCCGAGGACGACGGCUGGGACAGCCCCUGCGAGGCCGCGCUGCUGGGCGCCAGCGAGUCCGACGCCGACGAGGAGCUGCCGUCCGACCCCGACGACAGCGCGCAGGUCGUGGCCUUCGACUGGGACUCGGGGCUCGGGGACUUUGAGAAGAGGCUGAGCGCGGGGGACAAGAUGGAGAUGCUCCCCGACACGUCGGGCAAGGGGGCGCUCAUGUUCGCCCGGAGGCGGGAGCGGAUGGAGCAGAUCUCGGCGCAGCAGGAGGAGGGCGAGGCGCGCGCGGGGGCGCCGGCGGGGGCGCACGACGGCCUGAGCGCGGGCACCUCCUACCGGCGCACGGAGGAGGCGACCAUGAGCGCCCAGAGCUCCGUGCACAGGAGCUACGUCGAGGUGAGCCAGGGCCCCGGCCUCGCGCCCCAGCACAACGGCUUCGGGGCGGCGCCCGGCCCGGCGGAGGCCCCGCGGGCGGCGCCCAUGAACAGGACGGCCCGGCCCUUCCCGGGGGCGCCCGGGGCCCAGCCUGCGGCCGCCUUCUCCCCGCCCCGCAGCGUGGCGAGCCCCACGGCCGACUUCCCCGCGCCGCCGCCCUACUCCGCGGUCACCCCGCCCCCGGGGGGCCCGGCCCGCGCGGCCACCAACCCCCCGGCCGACCCCGCGCAGCCCCCGCCGUGGCCGCAGCCCGCGCCCUGGCACCCGGAGCACAUCGCGUCCCGGGACGAGCGCAUCGCCGUGCCCGCCAAGAGGACGGGCAUCCUGCAGGAGGCCAAGCGCAGGAGCACCGCCAAGCCCAUGUUCACGUUCAAGGAGCCCAAGGUGAGCCCGAACCCCGAGCUCCUGUCGCUCCUCCAAAGCGCGGAGGGCAAGCGCGGCGCGGGGGCUGAUUCGGGGCCAGAGGAAGACUACCUGAGCCUCGGGGCCGAGGCCUGCAACUUCAUGCACGGCGCCGCCGCCAAGCAGAAGACGCCCCCGCCCGUGGCCCCGAAGCCCGCAGUCAAGGCCUCCUCCUCCUCCCAGCCCGCGACGCCCGUGUCUCCCGUGUCUCCAGUCUGGUCUCCGGGCGUGGGUCCAGCCCCCCAGCCGGCCUUCCCCAGGCCCCCGCCUUUGCAGGGCUCCGUGGCGUCAUCCAUCAAAAUAGCGCAGCCGUCUUACCCUCCUGCCAGGCCCGCCAGUGCCCUCAACCUGGCCGGUCCCUUCAGAGGCCCCCAGGCAGCGGUGGCCAGCGUGAACCACACCGCCAAGCCAGCGGCCCCCACCCCGGCCGGGAGCGCCUCGCACGUGGGCGCCACGGCCCCGCCCAGCGAGCUCCCCGGGAUGCAGGGGAAAGGGGCCCAGCUCUUCGCCAAAAGGCAGUCGAGGAUGGAGAAGUACGUGGUGGACUCGGACACGGUGCAGGCCCACGCCGCUCGCGCCCAGUCCCCCACGCCCUCGCUCCCCGCCGGUUGGAAGUACUCCUCCAACGUGCGAGCGCCGCCCCCGGUGGCCUACAACCCCAUCCACUCGCCCUCCUACCCGCUGGCGGCUGUCAAGUCCCCGCCUUCCGGCCCGCAGGCCUCCAAAACCAGCAAGAAGGGCAAGACGCCGCUCAGCGCUCUGGAAGUCAUGAAGCACCAGCCCUACCAGCUCAGUGCGUCCCUGUUCACUUUCCAACCUCCAGAUGCCAAGGCAGGCCUCCCCCAGAGGUCACCGGCCAAGGUCAACGCCGCGCCGGCCCCCAGGCAGGCCCCCCUGCCCCGGGCCGUCAAUGCCAGCUCGCCCACCAACGCACAGGCCGCCGCGUCCGUGCACUCGCUGCCGGCCUACAGCCCCCAGCCGGCAUUCUUCCCCCAGGCCGCCUCCCCGGUCAGCGCGUCCCCGGUGCCCCCGGGCGUCCCCGGCUCUCCAAAGCCAGAGGUGGCCUCCACGGCGUAUUUGGUGGCACCGAGGCCCAAGUUCUCGGCCAAGAAGAGUGGCGUCACAGCGCAGGAGAGUGGACGCUCCCUGUCUCUCCCGGGAAGACCUGUCCCACCCACCGUUUCUGCGACACCUGUCUGGGCGCACCGGCCUGCUCACCGCCACCCCGCCCAGCCCGCUGCGGGGCCUGAGGGAGCGCACAGGAGACUUGCUCCCUGGGAGGCAGCAGCCGAGUCUCCUCUGGGUCUCGUGGAGGAGGCCUUCUGGCCCAGAGACAUCCGGGACUCCGUCGUGGCCAACGUGGUCUUGGCCGCUCGCAGGAAGGUGCUCCCAGCGCCCACGGGGGGGUGGGGCGACGGGCUGCCCCACGCCCUGCAGGCCCCGACGGCCAGUGUGGGCCUGUGUGGGAGCCGAGAGUAUCACGGGGCACCCCUCCCCAACAGUAGUGUCCCCACCCACUCCCAGUGGCUGCAUGCCUCUUACAGGCAGCCUUCCAGGAAUGAUUCUUGGAUGACGUCCCUGGAGACCCGGUCCGAGUACUGCCUGUCGGCAGCCGAGGGCAACUACAACCCCCGCCCCAGGGGGUGGAGACGCCCCACAUGAGGCGGAAGGUGGGUCGUGGGCCCCGUCACGGUCGCUUUCAGCGAUGUCCCUCGGCGGGGCCUCUGACGCCUGCGGUAGCUUUAGAUUCACUUUGGUCUUAGCGUGUUCUCGGAGUCACCUGAGGGUGUGUGUGUGUGUGUGUGUGUGUGUGUGUGCGUGCACGCGUGAGCACGGAUCAGGCCCGUGUCUGCUGACGCACAGAACCUCUUUGAAGAGAAAAAUCCAUUCCCAGUGUGGACAUGCUGGCUGGCCUCUAACCCAUCCAUCACUGUAAGCCCACGUCUGCCACGGGGAGCGGGGAGUCUCACACCCGAAGCCCCUCGGGUACCACGGAGGAAGCGCUUUCCUCUGUGCGGCCCGGUCCCGGCAGGAGCGCGUGAGACACGGCGCCCACGGCCGCGAGCAGCAACGCCGGGGACUGUGACGGUGGGAAGCUCUCAGCAGAGCCGGGCAGUGAGGGCUACAUUCACCAUGAGCCCCUGGGUGUUAUUUGAAGCCUUUCGCAGAAACAUUUCAAAAAAUUGAACAAAAUUCAGAUGAUUUUGUAGAGCGGCCACAUCGGCAUUCUCAGAAAGAAAGAGCUGCCUGAGAGGAAGACAGUUAGUUAUACGUUGCAGAAGGACGUUUGAGGUGAACAGUGUCACAUGUGGGGAAUAGAAAGGGCUAGGUAUGGGGCGGGGGGCUGCCUUUAAUCCAGCUACAGCCAGCGGCCUGAGACGGGGCGCACCGGGGUUCAGGCGCCCCCGCUGGUCAGGUGGUCUAGUCUCAUCCUCACCAGCUCUGACUCGCGAAGCUUCUCUCAUUGGUAGAAUGAGUUCUGAUGUGUUCAUUAUGCAUGUUUGCUGCUCAUCGCGUGCACAUGGGCUGAGCCCCAGAGAGAAUGAGGUUGUCGGUGGUACUGCCCGUCUUACGAAGGUCCGAGGAAUUGUUGGGUGGCAGGUUCUGUGCUCCGCGUUACGUGGAGUGAGGUCGACGCGAAUGAGAAAACUGCUGGUGGAUUUAAGGAAGUGGUGGAGGGAUGUGUCUGGCGUUAUGCAGCCGAGGUGGUGACCAUCCCUUUAGUGAUAGGAAACCGUGUUUCUUUACGAAGCUGUCUCUAGGCUGUUCCCAGGAGGCGGGCAGCUGCCCGGCCGGCUCCCUGGCCCGCGCCUUGUUAGCCCGACACGAGACCAUGCACGCCGGCUCCUCUCUGCCCGGCCCACAGGCACCGGCCACAGGGGCACGCCAAGGCUUUCCCAUCAGAAGCCAGACCCGAGACCAUUUCAGGACAAAAAACAUGUCAAGCAUUGAAAAUGUUCUUAGGUACUUAAAAGGAUGAUUUUGCUUUGUUUUACUUUUUUAAACAUAUAUUUUUAUUGAUUUCAGAGAGGAAGGAAGAAGGAAGGAGAGAGAAAGAGAGACAGAGAGAGAGAGAGAGAAACAUCAGUG